CUCGCCUUCACCUCAGGCCAACCUGCUUCCUCCAGAUGCUCAGUUCCAUCUGGAUCUCUGGCUGGGCUUCACAGUCCAAAACUAUUUUUUGGAUGUUGGUCAUACUAUUUUAAUGGUAAGAAAGAUGUGCUUUUGUUGCGAUUGGAUUGGUGUUGAAGCUAAAACAUUGCAUGCCUUUUGCUAAUCUAAUUUUUUCUGCCCCCUUGCAAUUUUAAUUUCAAAUAUCACAAGAGUCUCAGACAGAGCUGCUCCACCCCCAAAACCAGUCGCCCCCCAGGUGGAAACAAGCAAGGCAAUGAAGGAAGCAUCACCCUCUCUUUUCUCUUCAGUGGGCUCAAUUAGCACGUCUAUUGGUGGUGCAAGUCUCCCUCCGUGUGUGUGAUUUUGGGUGGAGGGGCAUGUAUCUUAAUCUUAAUGGGUCGGGUGUGUCCUAUUUGCACCAAAACCUUCCUUUCAAACAAAGGAGGCUUGCUCAUCGGUUUGUCACCACCUUGUCUCGCCCACAGUCCUGUUGCCAUUUUACAGAUUCAUUCUUGUUUGAAUACAAAGAAAUUUAGUGUACACAAAAUGAAGAAAGGAAUCGAGUAGCUGGAGCAAUUGAGAGAUGUGUAGCAAUACAGGAAUAAAGUCUAACCUUUCACUUUGUCAGCUUACCUUCCCUCAAGAGUGGAUAUCACUGAAUCGUCCUGGUGCCGCUGAGUAUCUCUACAUCAUGUUCAUCUUCAGUUCACCACUUAUGCUUCUGCAGCUACUGAGACGAAGCCCCAGAUCAAUGCCCAGCCUGGCAGUCCACCUUGGAGUCAUUGCAGUUGUCAUGGGAACCAGCUUACACCUUGUGGUUGACUCCGUGGUGCAUCGACUUCUUUCAUCAGGUUACCAACUGCAUCUGGCCAUAAAUGAAAACCCUCUUCUGAAGAUGACAAAGCUUCCAUCGCUGGUUGGCAUAAUUGAAAUGCUAUUUUUCUUUGACCAGACCGUCGGUCAUCUAUUAUGGUGUGUUCCUCUCUUCCUUGCAUUGUUUUUGUACUUUGGCGGAUGCUUCUGUCAUAAGAAGAAAAGGAGGAACAUCUCAGCAGCAGCGUGGAUGCUGUCAGUUCCCAGUGCAGUCUACUUCUGGUUCCUGAUCACAGAGAGACAGACCUUUAUCCUUUUCACCUUCACCUUCUUCGCCAUGGCCGCCACAGUGAUGCACCAAAGAAGACGAGGCAUGGUUCCUAAUAGCAACGGCCUCUUAAUGCUCUCCAGCUUCUCCACAGCUUUCAUCAUGGUGGGGAUUUGGAUCAUUUGUUUGUGGAACAAUGAGGUUCUCAGGAGGAGACAUCCAGGACUGAUCUACUUGCCGCAGCCUAGCGUGGUAUACUCACUGCACCAGCAAGACGUGCCACCUCAGUCUCACACAAGUCAGCCUGUGCCAGGCUAGAUCCACGAAGAGGACAUGAGCGACGUGAAAGGUCAACCUCACCCAGUUCCUAUGUGCUUUAGCAGCACAACAGGUUUCGUUAUUAUGCAAAAUUAUAUAAGUCAAUGUUCUCAUUUUGAGUAGGUGCUACAGCUUACCAGAUCGGUUGCAUGUGUUUUUUAUUUAUUUAUUAUUUAAUGUUGACCUAUUAUCCACAUUUUGGGACACCGCUCACACCAUCUUGUUGUGAUUUAACAGCAUAAAUCUGUAACAACUUCCUCUCAGAAAAAAAACAAUAAUAAAAAAAAUGCAUAUCUUUAGACUUCAGUGUGUUUAGAGUAUGUACAAUAAAAUUACAAUAUAACUCUAGCCACACCUCAAGAGGUCACCUGACUGUCUGAGAAUCCUCAGCCACAGGUGUAUCUGCGUUUGUACAUUAUUUUUAAGUAAUGUUGAUAACUAAUUUUAUGUAUUGAAAAGUCACUUCAACAACCAAGAUAGACGCUUAUUCACCCUUAUAUUUCAUGUCUUGUGUUUCCUGGUUUAUUUUCAAACCACUAACCUUUGUUUCAGAGGUGUUUGCGUUCUUCCCUCACAUAUUUAAUGCCAUUGCUACACUCUCACCCAUCUCCUGUACUGCCUCUUUGUUGUCUUCUGUUCAACAGUCAUGCUGCUUCCCGUGUCACAAUUGUCUCAGUCUGAUCCUCGCCUGUCUCGACUCUUCUUUUGACUCCCAGGUCUUGAAUAUAUCUCUGAAUGUUUUUCUGAUUUCUUUGGUAUCUACAUUGGUACUGGGUUUGUGUUUGCAUUUCAGUUGUGUAAGUAAAACAGAAUAAAAACCCUUCUAACAAUGUAAUAUAAUCCCAUCACAUGGCUGAAUGAGAUUUUUGGCAUGAAGUUUGUGAAGCAGGUAGCUCUGUUCUGUUCAGUGCUUUAGUUUGCCUCCAGGAGCUGAAUGACUCAGCUGGACCAUGAAAAAUCAACAAG